AUGGAAGUGGUUGUUGUCGUAUACAUGAUUAAGUUCCCAAAUUUUGACCCUGUCUCGUACGACUAUUGUGACCCUGGCACUUAUAAUUUACAAUGUUCUGCGUUGAAAGAGGGAGCGGUUUAUUGUCGAGUUGUUGCGGUGAACGGUUCGUUGACACUUAACACUGAACGGUACACUUAUGGUGUGGUGAACACUGGUUCGGGGCGAACCGUACGGGACGGUGGAACGGGGCCUGAUCUACGGGAGCGAUCGGUCCUACCGUCGGUGUGA